CUGGUGAAGUUUGAGCAACUUUCCUUGUUAUACUUGAAUGUGUUUUGUGUAAAUAGAUGUAUCAGAAGUUUCAGUGCUGUCCUUCUCUCACCUGAAAAUAAAAGUAGCUCAAUUGCCACUUCAUAUGCACUUGUAACACUUCUGUGCCUUUAUAAUUUCCCAGGCAAUGGAACCAAGUACGAAUAUUUGUAAAAUGGGCCUCAACGAUAGCAGGAGGUCACAGCAUAGGGAAGGUCCUUAUUGCAAACCGAGGAGAAAUCGCCUGCAGGGUGAUGCGAACAGCCAAGAAGAUGGGGGUGAAGUCUGUGGCAGUUUAUAGUGAAGCAGACAGGAAUUCCAUGCAUGUAGCAAUGGCAGAUGAAGCGUAUUGCAUUGGCCCACCCCCCUCACAGCAGAGUUACUUGGCCAUGGAGAAAAUAUUGGAGGUGGCCAAGGUCUCAGCAGCACAGGCUAUUCAUCCAGGUUAUGGUUUCCUCUCGGAAAACACAGAGUUUGCAGAGCUGUGUAAGCAGCAGGGAAUCAUCUUCAUAGGUCCUCCUUCAUCUGCUAUCAGAGAUAUGGGUAUUAAAAGCACUUCCAAAGCUAUAAUGUCUGCUGCUGGCGUUCCUGUUGUUGAAGGUUAUCAUGGAGAAGAUCAGUCUGAUGAGUGUCUAAAGGAACAUGCCAGGAGAAUUGGAUACCCAGUAAUGAUAAAAGCUGUCCGUGGGGGUGGAGGAAAGGGCAUGAGGAUUGCUCACUCAGAAAAGGAAUUUCUGGACCAAUUAGAAUCAGCAAGGAGAGAAGCAAAGAAGUCUUUUAAUGAUGAUGCAAUGCUGAUUGAGAAAUUUGUAGAUAAUCCAAGGCAUGUUGAAGUCCAGGUAUUUGGUGACCAGCAUGGCAAUGCAGUGUAUUUGUUUGAAAGAGACUGCAGUGUGCAAAGGAGGCAUCAGAAAAUCAUUGAAGAGGCACCAGGGCCAGGAAUUAGUCCAGAGGUUCGAAGGAGACUUGGAGAGGCUGCUGUCAAAGCAGCUAAAGCAGUGAAUUACGUGGGAGCAGGAACAGUUGAAUUUAUUAUGGACUCCCAGCAUAAUUUUUACUUCAUGGAGAUGAAUACCAGGCUGCAAGUGGAGCACCCAGUUACAGAGAUGAUCACUGGAACAGACUUGGUGGAAUGGCAGCUCAGGGUUGCAGCAGGAGAGAAGAUUCCUCUAACACAGGAAGAGAUCCUGCUCCAGGGCCAUGCAUUUGAAGCCAGAAUAUAUGCUGAAGACCCUAAUAAUAACUUUAUGCCAGGAGCUGGGCCACUGUUGCACUUAUCUACCCCCCCUGCAGAUCGUUUCACCAGGAUAGAGACUGGAGUCAGGCAAGGUGAUGAGGUUUCUGUGCACUAUGACCCCAUGAUUGCAAAGCUGGUUGUUUGGGCUGAGGACCGACAGGCAGCUCUCAGAAGGCUGCGCUACAGUUUGCACCAGUAUAAUAUUGUAGGAUUAAGCACUAAUAUUGAUUUCUUACUGAGCCUGUCAGGACACCCACAGUUUGAGGCUGGAAAUGUGCACACUAAUUUCAUUCCUCAGCACCAUGAUGAAUUAUUUCCAACCAAAAAGGCAACUCCACAUGAAGUUAUGUGUCAGGCAGCUCUGGGGCUCAUCCUGAAAGAGAAGAUGCUAACAGAUGCUUUUAGAGAUCAGUCAGAUGAUAAAUUCUCACCCUUUGCAUCCAGCACUGGUAGAAGAAUAAAUAUAUGUUACACUAGAAAAAUGUCUCUGCUGGACGGGGAAAAUACUGUGGAUGUAGCAGUAAGUUACAAUCAAGAUGGAUCAUACAAAAUGCAGAUUCAAGAUAAAACGUUCCAGAUUUCUGGAGAGAUAUUGAAAGAAGGUGACUCACUUUACUUGAGGUCUUCAGUAAAUGGAACAGUGUCUAAGUCCAAGUUGGUCAUUUUGGACAACACCAUUUAUCUGUUCUUCCCGGAGGGCAGUGCUCAGGUUGGCCUCCCUGUGCCCAAGUACUUGUCUGCAGUGAGUUCAGGGGCAGAGCAAAGUGGAGCUGUGGCACCCAUGACAGGCACAGUAGAAAAGGUGUUUGUGAAGGCAGGGGAUAAGGUUCAGACUGGAGACCCUCUAAUGGUUAUGAUAGCUAUGAAAAUGGAGCACACCAUAAGGGCUCCCAAGGCAGGAGUGAUUAAAAAGGUCAAUUUCCAAGAAGGUGCCCAGGCCAACAGACAUGCUCCACUCGUUGAAUUCAUGGAUGAAGAGGCAGAGUCAAAGUAAAAUUAAAGGGAGGUGGAUUUUAAUUUUUUCUACUUUGCUGAUUUUCUCCCAGAAGAUUUCUACAUAUUUUCAGCAAACUGUUUUGUAUGAAUGAGGGAUUGGUUUCCUCUGCACUUGCUGCAUAGUUUGACUGUCAAUUAUGCUGACUUCACUGAAAUUUGGGUAUCACUAUACUGUAAUUGUAUUUAUAACUUGUGGACCUAUGUGAUUGUUGUCCAGUGGUUGUUUGCCUGUGGACAGGCAUUAGACUGGAAGAAGGUGUGAAACUCUGAAAGGAACAGAGAGGUUAAUAAGGGCUGUAGGGUACAGACAGGUUGGGUUCUUCUGCCUACUUAUUCACAGCUGCCUUUUCCCCUUUUAAUAUGUGAGGAUUGAUUUGAAGGAAAUCUGAAAGACAGUUGUUCUGUUUUCUGGCAAAAUUCCUGUUUUUUGCCUUAAUAGGGAAUUUAGGAUUGUUCCUUAGCCCAGAAUCCCUCUCAGUAAUUUCUGGUGCAUCUCUUUUUCCUGUUUACCUCAAUAAGUCAUGAAAAUUUGCAUUUCAAAAAUUAUUUUGAUAUACCUCAAAAUAUCUGAUACAAAACAUUUUUCAAAUACAUUAGCUGUACUAAUCAAAAUUAAAAUGUAACUGCUUUCCAAAAAACCAUUUGAACUUCAAACAUUAAAUAGUAACAUAGAAGGAUAAGCUUAUGUAAUACUUAGUGUGCCAAAAUACAAUACUGACUUAAAAGUCUUGAUUACUGUUACCAUAUUGUUCAUGUUCUAGUAUAUUUCUUAUUGGCUGGAAUGAAGUACACCACAGUCUUUAUAACAACAUGUUAUGAAUGUUACUAAGAAUAAUAGAUUUUUUUUGGUAUCUGCAGGGUUUCAGAAGGAAAAAUUGGUAGAUUUUUGGAUGUGCAAAGAAAAAGAAUUAUCAGACUAAGCAUACGCAUCAUUUGCCAUAAAUUUAUUUUAAUUUAAGCAGUACCUUAGAGAAACAAAGGAAACAAAACAUGUUUUAAUUGUUGCAAACUUUGAAAGUCUUCUCAUCUUUCAGUUAAUGUGAAUUCUGUUAUCAUGUGAAGUUUUGAUAUGCUAAUUUAAUUCAAUAAUCUAUUUUAUACUGCAGAAAGGAAAAGUCAGAUGCUGCAGUGUUCCCAAGUUAGUAGUUAAAUCUGUGCAAAUGGACCCUUACCUGAAAUCUCAUUUCUGAAUCAAUAUACAGUAUCAUGGGGAAUUCUCUGAUCUGCUUUUAUAAUUGUGCAGCCUUGUCUGCAAUGCAGAAAAAAAGUGGUAAAAAAGCAAUGGCUCUGGAUGAUCAGUAUAUUAAAAGCAUAUUUUAAUACUUUUCAACUUCCCUUCCAAUCAUAUGGUCACCUAGCAAAUAAUUAAUCUCCAGUGAUCGUCUUAUAGAAUAUUGCCACAGUGAUUUUUAUUUUCUGCCAAAUAAAAAUUAAGCGUUAACUUGGAAUGUUUGUUUUGAUUUUUCUCCAUUUUGUUCUUUCCUUGGUUGCUUCUGUUCAUGCAUUGGAUUAGAGGGUUUAAGCAGCUGUUUCUGUAUCAUCUGAUGAUGAUGAUCACAAUCUGCAAGCUCACAUUUAGGAGGCAGUAAUCCAGACACUCGUGAUGAUUUCACUGCAGGUAAGGUUAGGCACUUGUUUUAUCCAGAAUUGAAUCUCUACAUAGAAACUUGAGCUCAGCCCUGAAGAAACCCAGCAGCUUGGCUUUUUUUUUUUCUCUCUCUCUGACAUGGCUGUUUCUAGACCGACUUUGCUGCACUGAAUCUGUACCAAAACAUUAAAACUCCCAGCAGGAGGUUCUGUGCCUGCUCAGUCUGCACAGCUUGGCUGCACACAGCCAGUGCAGCAAAACAUUCCCUGGGAGCUGACAAAAUGUCCUCCCUUCAGAGCCAGGGGAGACAAAUAAUCUCACCAGUGCUUACUUUCCCUCACUUCUCAAAAAUUAGCUGUUAGGUUUUUAUCUCUUUAGGUUUCUAUUGAGAUAGUGAUGGUUUAGUUUAUUUAAGAAAAAAUGUCUUGCAGGAGGCACUGUCACAGUUUGCACACUUGAAAUGUUUUACUGCAGUUUGAUUUCAUUGAGCUUGGAGAUGCUCAAAGAAUUAUUAAAGGUAGGUUGUUCCCAUACCAGUAUCUGAGUUAAGAAAAUAUCAUGAAUCUUCAGUUUAUUACGAAUAAAUUUUAGUGUUAUGAAUGUAAAUUGAUAAGAGCCCUAGCAUAGUAACAUAGCUGUUGUGUCUAAAACGCUAAUGGCAGACUAAGAAAAAAAUUAGAAGACUAAUUCUACUUGUAAGGGUUUGUUUUUUUAACCUUUUAUACAUCAAAGGUCAAUACCAUAGAGUUAAAAAGUUUCCAGUGUUUAUUGUAUUCCUUAUUGUAAUAUUUGUAUCAGCUAGUUACCAGGAAAUCCUAGUUUCAAGUCUUCAUGCUGAUUAAAAAAUGAACACUCAAGUGGUUUUUGGCAGGACCUUUAAAAUUUAGUCAAUGGUAGGGCUCAAAAAAAGUUCAUCUGGGCACACAACUCUUUUAAUAAAGUAACUUGUUGAUAUUGAGAUAUAAACUAGUGCACUAUGACAGAUAUAUUCAUUACUGUUGACAAUCCUUUUCAAGCAGAUCAGGAAUUGUCUGUGUUGUUUGUAAAAAGCUCAGCUGUGCUGAGUAGAAUGUGUUUACUGAACAAUCAAUGGCGAUUGAUUAAAUUCUGAACUACCAGCUUUUACACAAAGUAUAUUCUCAACAGAUACUUCAACUUCUUGUACAGUUAUAUUCCAAAUAGAGAUUUUUACACACAAAUGCCUUGCAGGGAAGUAUCACUUAGUACCUCUAUAAUACUGGGGCAUAUCCUUCUGUAUAAGAAUUCCAUUUGGAAAAUAAUAUACACUACUGAAUGCUGUUAAAAAAUCAAUAUUGCAGAAAUU